AAGCAAUUGUGCAGCUCUUGCAAAUACCUCACCACCCCCAUCCACCUCCCGCGAUCUCCCAUCCCCCUCCGCUACCCAAGUACACAGCGAGCUGCUCCAAUGGCCUCCCGCCGGCUCGCCCUGAACUUGCAGCAGAGCCUGCGCAGUCGCGCCGCCAUCAAUGCCGUCAAGGCGAGGCAGACUCCCUUGACCAGAGGCCUGGCGACGCCUGUCUCCCAUGGCGCCAGCACCGAAUCUACCACUCUGAGCAAUGGCUUCACGAUCGCCACGGAACAUUCACCCUGGGCUCAGACCUCGACCGUCGGCGUGUGGAUCGAUGCUGGAAGUCGGGCAGAGACCGACAAGACCAACGGAACCGCGCAUUUCUUGGAGCAUCUUGCCUUCAAGGGAACGCAGAAGCGCACGCAGCAGCAGUUGGAGCUUGAGAUAGAGAACAUGGGCGGCCACCUCAAUGCUUACACCUCGCGCGAAAACACUGUCUACUACGCCAAAUCGUUCAACGCCGAUGUCCCCGCCACCGUCGACAUCCUCUCCGACAUCCUCCAGAACUCGAAGUUGGAGCCCCAGGCCAUCGAGCGUGAGCGCGACGUCAUCCUCCGCGAACAGGAAGAAGUCGACAAGCAGCUUGAAGAGGUUGUCUUCGAUCAUCUGCACGCCACCGCUUUCCAGGGCCAGCCCCUCGGGCGAACAAUCCUCGGGCCUAAGGAAAACAUUGAAACCAUCUCGCGCACCGACUUGGAGAAUUACAUCAAGACAAACUAUACGGCUGACCGCAUGGUGCUCGUCGGAGCUGGUGGCGUCCCCCACCAACAGCUCGUCGAUCUUGCGGAGAAGUACUUUGCCGGACUGCCCUCGGAACCCCCGAACUACUCUUCCCAGGCUGUUGCCGCUGCUCAGAAGCAGAAACCUGAGUUCAUUGGCUCUGAGGUCCGUAUCCGAGACGACACAAUGCCCACCGCCAACAUCGCCAUCGCUGUUGAGGGUGUGAGCUGGAAGGACGAGGACUACUUCACGGCUUUGGUUACGCAGGCCAUUGUCGGCAACUGGGACCGUGCCAUGGGCAAUUCGCCGUACCUAGGAAGCAAGCUAAGCACCUUCGUCUCUCAGAACAACCUGGCAAACAGCUUUAUGAGCUUCUCGACGAGCUACUCAGACACUGGUCUCUGGGGAAUCUACCUCGUCUCCUCAACCCCUACACGCGUCGACGACCUCGUCCACUUCACCCUCCGCGAAUGGUCUCGCCUCUCCCUCAACGUCACCUCCGCCGAAACUGAACGCGCAAAAGCCCAACUUAAAGCCUCCCUUCUCCUUGCCCUCGACGGCACCACGGCUGUCGCCGAAGACAUCGGUCGACAGAUCAUCACCACGGGUCGCAGGUUAGGUCCCGAGGAAGUGGAGCGCGUGGUUGGCGCCAUUACAGAAAAAGACGUCAUGGACUUUGCGAAACGGAAGCUCUGGGAUCGGGAUAUUGCCAUCUCGGCGGUGGGGCAGAUUGAGGGGUUGCUAGAUUAUAAUCGUGUGAGGAAUGAUAUGAGCAGGAUGCUCUCAUAAAGCUCCAGAGUUUUGGGGGUAGGGUUCGGUGGUAAAGUGUCGGAGAGGAGAGUGAUAGAUGGUGGAUGGAUGGAUGGAUAGCAUGGACAGGCAAUUGUAUUUUGUGUACAUGUACACUUAUCGUUGAUACAGAAAGAUUUCUUUUGCUUCUGA